AUGCCCGAAGAAUCUGAACUGUGGAUUGAGAUAUGCAAAAACCUGUAUGCUCUCGAUUCUCUCCGGCUAGUAUCAGACCAGACCAUCAUUAAAAUCAACAAGGCCCACCAGAAACUCACCUCGAGAGAAUUGGAGACUCUCAAUUCAAAGAAUGCUACAAAGCUCCUAGAGUUGUACAAGGAGGCCGAAGAUCAGGCUGUAUUGGAAAAAAAAAAAUCGCAAGAAUUGGUAGAUCAAUUAGCUGCCCUGGUGUCUUUGCGAGAAGCCUCUGAAACAAGCGAUUCAAAGAAACUGAAGCGCAAAGUCGACGAUAUUAAAGGCAAAUCUGGUGGUCCAGUGCAGAAAAAGGCAAAGUCUGAAGCCUCCACACCAAAUGCUGUUCCUGUUGGAGGACUGAAUCCUGGUGACAAGGUCGCUGUUAAACCUCAAGGCCAUGAUUCUUGGAUUUUAGCAGAGCUGAUAAAAUGGGACACUGAAAAGAACAAGUGGGAAAUUGAAGAUGUGGAGGCUGAUGAGGACACUGAAGUGAAAAAGCACUACUACUUCCACCCAAAACGCUUCAUACCAAUCCCAAAAGACGUUUCGAAAAAGCCGGAAUUCCAACUGGGUCAACAAGUUUUGGCAUUGUAUCCUGGUACCUCGUGUUUUUACUCUGCAUCAGUCAUGAUACCUCCCUCACGAAACAGGGAUGGCAGCUCGUUUGCUGGCUCAUACGUUUUGAAGUUUGAAGAUGAUGACGGAUACGAACGUUUUGUUGAUCCUUCUAUGGUAUUGGACUUACCAACCAUGAAGAAGUAG